AUGACGCCAGAAUCCCCCGAUGAGGCUCUUCACUUUCGCGGCAAGACCUUGACUCCCGAGAGCCCUCGCCCGCUACACGUCGCGGAACCCACCAGUAUCCCGGUGCUGCAAAAUCAGAUGGACCCCGUGUUCAACGACACCUCGACUUACGAACAAGCCGAGCAUAUUCAUGAAAACAACUACAAUACACAAUCGAGUGGCCCGUAUAUAAAACCGGGCGGCGUGCGGUGGGAGGCGAGCUCUGUACAGCGUGGUCAGGAACAGCGACCAUCGCAGCAUCAAUCGCAUACACAAGAUCCUAGCUCCCUUCUAGCCCACCCUGCCCCCGGUGCCCUCCCAUAUUCUUCCCAAGCUGCUCGCAACAUCCCGUUCGCGAACGAGGUAGACAACUCCAACGCCAACCUCCAGGGCCAGACGGCGCCCCAGGACCGAUUAGACGCGGAGGAAAGGUUUGAAGAUAAUACUGCUGGGAACGGUGUCGAUUUCCAGAACCUCCUUGAUAACCUUCCUUCCUCAUCAGCUCCCUCCGCCCCUGCGGUUUCUGGAACCACCAUCUCAGCGGACAGCGCUUCUGCCUCUCCUCAAGCCGCUGCCGAUGAACCACCUCAAUCUUCCUUCGGGCUCCCUCCUCGCCCCCCACCCCAGGAGAAGCCCUCCAUCCAUCCCAAUUACAACCCCGGCGAUGAUAUACGUUCCUAUCAUCAGCUUCCUGCCCAUAACACCUCCAACAACACCUCAAACCCUUAUGCGGCCCAGCCGAGUAAUUAUCAGGCCAACGUCGGAUUGUCUUCAUUAACGGCUGGUGCGCCAGGGACAUCCUCGGGAGCUGGUUCCCUCCCUCCUCCCCCUGUUGCUAGCUUCCAGCAAUCUUCAACCGCUCCAGCGGACUCUCAAGACGCUCCGGCGACUACAACCCAGAAGAAUGGUCGCGUUGAUAAACAACCUCCACUCCGCACAAACGACGAUGCUCCAUGGGGCCCGGAAGUCCAGAAGAAAUAUGAUUCGUUUCUGCAUGAUGAAAGAAUAUAUGUGACUGAGGGUCUCUGGGAUCGCUUUCCAUAUGGGUCGAGAUUGUUUGUCGGCAAUCUACCCACCGAAAGAGUAACAAAACGUGAUCUCUUCCACAUAUUCCACAGCUAUGGGAAACUAGCCCAAAUAUCGAUCAAACAGGCCUACGGUUUCAUACAAUUUCUGGAGGCGCCUUCUUGUAAACGAGCUCUUGAAAGCGAACAGGGAGCUAUCGUGAGAGGGCGUAAAGUUCAUCUUGAAAUUUCCAAACCGCAGCGGAAUACCAGACCGGCGCCGGCGCCGGCAGAGUCUUCACGGCCUGCCCCUCCCCGCCGCUCAAGGUCGCCCGACUAUAGUCGAGCGGCUCCUCCAGCCAAUCGGCCAUCGAGGCCGGCUGGUGAUCGCUAUGAUCGGCCCCACGAACCACCAAGGCUGCCGUUCAGCGACUUCCGAGAUGAGCCCUCUCAUCGCCGGCGGGAUGAUUAUCGCCCGCCACGGUCGCCGUCUCCUCGUGCAUAUCGUGCGCGAGAGGGAUACCGAUCUCGUGAUCGGACUCCAGAACGGUUUGACCGGCGUGAAAGGCGGCGCUCCCGUUCGCCAUAUGGGAGAGAUAGGCGAUAUCGCAGUCCAAGCCCUCGAGGCCGUGCGACAUAUGACAGCGAUACGGACCUACCUAUCCCUAGGCGUGCUCCCAGAGAAGUUCCAGAUGUGCAAAUCCUUGUUUUAGAGGAGCUCGAUCGGAACUUCGUAUACCACGUGGAGACCAACUUUCGGAAUCGGGGACUUCGUGUCGCUGUUUUAACGUUGGGACCCCGGAUCCCUCUCGACGCGGCUGUCAAGCGUCAGGCCUCGGAGGGCGUUCUUGCCGUGGUCAGACUUUCACGACCUAGUCAACUGUCUAGGAAAAUCCCGUUGCAAGUAUUCGACCAGAGUUUGGGUGUUGAUAACAUUCGGUCUAACGAAUACCCGGAUCUUGAACCUAAUGUUGCAGCGGACAUUGUCUUCCAGGCGCAGUCGAUGCAACGGAAUAUCCCCGGUGUCCCAAUCACCUCACCUCCAUUUGGAGUUCCAGCUCUCCCUACCGCUCCUCUCCCACAUCCCGUCGGGCCUUCUCUUCCAACUCAACCCAAUUUCGCAAACGCCAUCUCGCAUCUUGAUGGGGCUGGUUUACAAUCUCUGUUGGCUGCCCUACAGCCGCAACGCUCCCCUGUUGUUCCAACUGCGCAACAACCAUUCCAACCCACCAACCCCCAACCAACUCCAGACCUGGCUAGUCUUCUGAGCGUCGCAACUCGACAAUCCGUUCCGGUCAAUCCGCAACAGCAACCUCUUCCGCAACAGCAAUUCCCGCUGCCGCCCCCAACUACCGCAGCGAUUUCCGAUCCAAACCUCCUGUCGCUCCUGGCUAAAGGCCUAGGGGGCAACCAAGGGCAGGGUCAGCCUCCCAUGAACCCCCAUCAAGUCCAGAAUAUAAUGAGUCAACUGGGCAAAUGGAAACAAUGA